AUGACCGGUCCACUAUUUGGAUUUACUGACGACAGCAUCGUCCUACGAGGGUCAGCUUACCAUGGAGUAUUGGACCAACCUGCAUUGAAAGAUCUUUGGACGGUCACCUCCAUCCAUUACUUGUGUAUGAAGUUCCCAACUGAGCAUGGGAUUGCUAUAUCGGAAACUUUCCCCGUCAACCCUGAAGACCCCACUCAAGUCUUGCGAAUAGGGAAAGCACUACCCCCCGGGAUGAAAGAAGAAAUGAUGAACUUCUUGAAAAGGAACCUGGAUGUCUUCACCUGGAAGCACGAAGAUAUGUUGGGAAUAGACCCAAGAAUCAGUUGCCACCACCUUAACAUCAACUUCUCUUGCGCCCCACAUCGGCAGAAAAGACGAGCCCUCAACUCAGAGCUAUAUGAGGCGCUCAAAGAAGAAAUCAAUAAACUCAUCCGCAGCGGCUUCAUCAGGGAAUCUAUCUACCCGAAGUGGAUAUCCAACCCGGUCCUCGUAAAGAAAUCCAGCGGGAAAUGGAAAGUAUGCGAAGACUUCACAAAUCUAAACAAGGCAUGUCCUAAGGACAUCUUCCCUCUUCCAAGAAUAAGGAUAGACCAACUAGUGGACUCCACUGCUGGGCAUGAGCUCUUGAGCUUCAUGGAUGCAUACUUAGGGUACAAUCAAAUACCCAUGUUCCGACCUGAUGAGGAAUCCACAUCGUUCAUCACAGACAAGAUUGUACUGCUAUAA